AUGCGCACGCCUAGCACCGCCUCGACGCCGUCGCGCCGACUGUCUGCCCACACCACCACGGCCGUGUCCGCCAGGGACGACGACAAUGGCAUCACGCAGUCGCUCAGCCAGCUGUCGCUGCUGACCUCGGGCGAACACCACGCCGGAAGCGCGGUCCCGCGCGGCGGCGGCGGCGCGCUCAGACAGCCCUCGUCGACAUCGCGACGCACCUCGGUCUCGCCCAGCCACCGCAUACCCUCGCGCAGCCCGUCCGGGCGCGACUCGCGGCCGACGACGCCAACCCUGCUGCGCAAAGCCUCGAUGAACUCACUGCACUCGGCCAACGGCCACGGGCCCGGCCGCGCGCCCUCGCGCCGCGCGAGCAUGACCCAGACCAUGUCGUCGCCCAAGAUAACCGCCCGCUCGCCGUCAGUUGGCAGCCUGCCGCCCGCCGAGGAGCAGAAGCAGCCGCCGCUGACGGCCGCGUCCGUCGCCGCCAACUACUUUCGCGCCGAGAUGCAGAUACACCACGGCCCGGACGCGACGCUGCCGUCCGAGACCGUCGUCAUCCUACACGACGCCGUGUACGGCCACCGCUUCGCCCGGCCGCGCACGUCGCGCAGCGCGCUGAGCACCAUUGUCGAGCGGCCCGAGCGAGUCAAGGCGGCUGUGCUGGGUGUGUCCCUGGCCUAUGUUCGGCUCGGCGAGCGCCACGACGAGGGAGCGUACCCCCUUCACCCCAAAGCCAAGAUUCGCGACAUCCCCAAGAUUCCGUUUCGUAUUCGGAAAUCAACGCGAACCGUGUCCCUGACGUCGGCUGCGGUGACAAAUGUGCACGGCACGAAAUGGAUGGAGGAGCUGAAAACCAUGUGCGACACGGCCGAAUCCAAGCUGGCCUUGGGUGGCCGAGAGCUGCAAAGACCCGACAACACUGAAAGAGACGAACCUGCACAACCACUGCAUGAAGGCGACUUAUAUUUAUGCGCCGAAUCGUUGGACGCCAUGGAGGGUGCUCUUGGCGCCGUAUGCGACGGUGUAGACGCUGUCUUCAGCCCGGCCCCGGCCCCGCGACGCGCAUUUGUGGCUGUGAGACCACCAGGUCACCAUUGCGCCGCGGCGCACCCUUCAGGCUUUUGCUGGGUGAACAAUGUACUGGUGGGAAUCAUGCACGGCGCUCUCACACACGGGCUGACACAUGCUGCCAUUAUCGAUUUUGACCUGCACCACGGCGACGGAUCGCAAGCCAUUGUCUGGCAGCACAAUGCGCGUGCCAAUGCGGCGACCAAAAACUUUCAGCAGUGGAAGAAGACUUCCAUAGGAUAUUUCAGCUUGCACGACAUUAAUUCCUAUCCCUGUGAGAUGGGCGACGAGGAAAAGGUCAAGAAUGCUUCCCUCUGCAUUGACAAUGCUCAUGGACAGAGCAUCUGGAAUGUCCACUUGCAGUCUUGGAAGACAGAAAGGGAGUUUUGGGACAUUUACGAAUCAAAAUACUCGGUGAUUUUGGAAAAGACGCGCAUCUAUCUCCGUGAACAAGCAAAGAAGCUCCGAGCAGAGGGGAAGGAGCCCAAGGCAGCCAUCUUCUUCUCGGCCGGUUUUGAUGCCAGCGAGUGGGAGAGCGCAGGCAUGCAGAGACACCAAGUCAACGUCCCCACUGAAUUUUACGCUCGACUCAGCCAAGACGUUGUCAGAAUCGCCAACGAACACGGUCUUUAUGUUGGCGGCCGUGUGAUUAGCGUCUUGGAAGGAGGUUACAGCGACAGAGCCUUGUUCUCCGGUGUCUUUAGUCAUCUGAGCGGCCUGGUCGGCAACCAGUCGAUGCAGACAUUGGACGCAGCGCGCGGCCUCGGCUACGAGAUGGGCCAGAAGCUGGGCACCAUUGCCGAGCCCGGCCCCGAAGCCACGGAGAUGCAGGCCCCCGCCGGCCCGUCCCUGCACCAGUACGACGCCAGUUGGUGGUCCAGCCAGCACCUCGACGCCCUCGAGUCUCUCAUCACGCACCCCCAGUCCCCUCCCCGGAAGCCGCGGACCGGCACGCCGCCCACGUACUUUUCGCCCACGCACGCGUCGUCGGCCAAGGUCAUGGACCCCGUCAAGGUGCGCCGCAGCCUGUCGGGGCUCUCGUCGACGAUUCAGCGGCCGCGCGCCGCGUCGCCCGUCGCGCCCGACGUGCCGUGGACCGUGGCGGCGCACGAGCUCAGCAAGGUCCUCAUCCCCAGCGACCGGCAAGUGGACAGCUGCCGCGCCGAGGACCUCAACGCCGAGGCGACGCGCGCGCGACGCGAUAAACAGUCGAUCCUUUUGGGUAUCCCCAUUCCGCCGACGCCUGUGCCGCAAGAACGACCGACGUCCCGCAUGGCGCUCCGAGAGCGCAGGACCAAGGCGGCGAGCUCAUGUUCCACGGAUGACGGCCCCGCCGCCCACAGGACCCCUGCGUCGCCGAGCAAGCGAUCCUCGUCCCGUGGGGCCAGGGCCAAGUCGACAGAGGCCGAGCAGGCCUCCUUUGCUGCCUUGCAUCGCCGACGCUCCCGCCGUCUCAGCGAGUCGGCCACGUCGCAGAGCCCGAGUAAGGAAGACGCCGUGCCCGUUCCGCCGCUACCCGCCGAGUACGAGCAGACGUCUGGCAGCAGCCGCGCCGGCUCUAGCAUGAGCGGCGGCCAGCUCCCGGAGCUCGCGCGGGGUCCACUACUGCCGCCGCCGCCAUCCAAUCUACACGUCAAGAAGACGCGGCAGCGAGGCGGACCGGCGGCGGCAGCAGCCCCCACGCCCAAGGAGACGACGCCCAAGACGCCCCGCGCCGCACGCCCCGCUGCAACACCGUCGAGUAAGGCCAGGACGGCGCCGGCGGGCGCCGGCAAGCCGCGACAACAGAGCCGGCCACCCGCGCCAGCGUCGAGACCGCCCGUGCCCCCGGCCGUGGAUAACAUUACCACGGGUAUGCGCAAGAUCAAGAUUAACCUGAUUACGCAAUCCCAAAGGGAGGCCAACAAUGCCCUCCAGCAGCACACGUCGGCGGCAAGGCCCCCUGCUGCUGCUACUGCUGCGCCGGGCGUGCUCGAUGAGCGCCCCGCACCGACAGUCUUAUCCGCGACCGAGCCGUCCCCAUUGCAGCAGGCGCCGUCUGACGCUGGCUUUCUCAGCCGGAGCACCGCCUCGGGGCUCUCGACGCCGCUCGACGAGCAGUCCAUGAUUGACUCGCCGUCGCCGCUCGAGAAGAAGACUGCGGCGGCGGCCGACGCCGUUAGCCCCGUCGCUGACGACGUGACGACGAGCCAGGGCGGCCUGUUCAUAAACUACCAGCCCGAGGGGCCGGCGCCCGUGGCGGUGGUCCAGCGCGGCGGCGGCGGCGGGAACGGCUCACUCCAGUGGCUGGAGCCCAAUGUCCCCACGCCCUCGGCGACGACGCCCGCGGUGACGCCCAGCCCGGUCAAGAAGAAGCAGGGCGGCGUGUCGCAGCUGUUCCAGUAUACAUCCUCGGGCAUUCCGUUUGCGCCAAGACCCGGGAGCAGCGGGCAGCGAGGGGCAGCGGUCGGCGGUUUGGAGAAGCCCAAGGAGGAGGCGAAGGCAACGGCCUUGUGGGCGGUUCCGGAGACGCGCACAUGA